AUGAACAAAAAAACAGCACAGUGUUGUGUAGUUUUUGAAUUGCGAAAGAUAAAAAUAUUCACAAAUACACCGCCAAAAUGUUUGCCUUCUUUUUUUCCUGCUGACUCGCCGAGGUCUAAAUUUAAACAUUUUCAUUUCGCUGUGUUUUGGCAUAAAGCAGUGGAAGAAGAAUACCGUACAAUUUUGGCAUUAAAUAAAUCCGCAAUUACUGCUAAUAGAUAA